UCUUUCACCGCGUUUAACUCAACAGGAAUACUACGCAAGAACCUGCUGCUGUGAAGAUUAUGAGUGAGGUGGUUUACACAAAGGCUCAGGAGGAAUAUGAGGACGACUUUGAGAAGGAUCUGGACUGGCUGAUAAGUGAGGAAAGCCGCAGCGAGGACCAGGGUCCAGACUAUGAGGACAUAGAAGCAGAAAUAGACAAAGAACUGGAGGAAGAUGAGAAACAGAAAGGAAAGAAAAGAAAGCCGACAAGCCACAAGGAGGAGAAGCGAGGCAAGAAAGCAGGAGAGGUGGAAGAGGAUGAAGAGAGGUGGCCCUCGCCUAUGGAGCCAUUGGAGUAUGAUUCAGACAGAGACAGCCCAAAUAAGUCACCACCUCUAGUCCCACCUCCUCCUGGGGUGGAUGACCAGACAGAUGAGGAGAAGAAGUACAUUCUGGAGAAGAUCCAGCAGGCGAAUCGGGAGCUGCAGGACCAGGAGGCUCCGGAUAUGACGAGACGCAGGCGGCUGCAUUUUAAAGAGAAGCUGGUGGACCUGGUGGUGCCUCCGCUGCAGUUUGAGAAAAAUGGAAACAGCGGUGAGGUGGAAGGCGGCUGCAAAGAUAAAUCAAAGGAUUCAGAGGCAGAGAGAGAAGUGUCAGGGAAGCUCUCGGAGCUAAAGCUUUCCCCUCGAGAGGAAAGCGUAGGAUUUAGAGGAUGUGGCAGGGCUGAGGAGAGCAGUGAGGGGGGUGUAAAGGAGGGCAGAGUUCUUGUAGAAAAGGAUGGUAAGUUUGACCUGGUCAGCCUGAAUGAGGUGGAGAGUCAGGGACUUCUCCCUCCUAUAGCAAACAGUGACUCCUCCUCCCCACGUUACAAGGAGCAGACUGUGAGUUCUGGUAAGACUCACAGGUCCUCCUCGUCUCCUCGUACUCGAGCCGGUUCUUCCCCCUUCCAGCAAGGCACCGAUCACCUCCGUGCCCCCAGACCUCCAGCUCAGCCCCGGAGCAGGCCCAGCUCAGCCAGCCACAGCCAGAGAGGCAGCCAGAGGAGAGGCAGCAAGCGGCGGGUGCAGUCGGCCACCGGGACACCCUGCCAAGCCACCUACACCCUCUCCCCCCAGCAGAAAGAGCUGCUGCAGAGGAUCCAGGAGAGGAAGGAGAGGCUGGCCAGAGAGGAGGAGCAGAGGAAACAGGAGGAAGAGGAGCAGAAGCGGCAGGAGAACGAGCUGGCGUUUAAGGCCUGGCUGCUGAGAAAGAGAGAGCAGAUUCAGGAGGAGAGAAGGAUCCAUCGAGCCCAGGAGAUGGAGAGGAUGAACACUAAGAAAGACUGCAGUGAUCCGGAGGAGUCCUUCAAACAGUGGCUCCAGAGGAAGCACGAGCAGCAGCAGAGAGAGAAACAGCUCGUGGAGCUCAAGAAGCUCGAGGAAGACAGUGGUUACCUCCUCCGCAGCCGCGAGGAGUGUGAACGUGCCUUCAAACUGUGGCUAAAGCGGAAACGGAUGGAAAAGCGCGCGGAACAGCAGGCGGCUCGAGAGCGCUCCCGCAGGUUGGUGCUGGAGGAGCGCCGCGCGCGACGCAUGAGGGAUUUGCUCUGUACUGUCAAUGAAACCAAACCAUUCAGAUUUACUGAACAGCUGGCCUACCGCUUCUGAACCAAACACAUCCAACAUGUCUGCAGGAUUCACA